AUGCAACGGUUUCCACUUUUUAAAAUAUACUCUCGACCUUCCGCUGACAAGAAGAAAGGACAACUGUUGCACUCGGGAUCAAAGUCAGCUGUGGUCACGGCUGGGUCUUAUAUGAUGCCGGGACCAAUCCCAGAUCCUCGGAUGACAGCCGGCUCAUUGCCCAGCCUGGGUCCCCUGGCAGGGAUCCCCUACACCACACUGACUGACCAGCUCAAAUACGCCAACCUCCGGGAACUGGGGGCCAUGCUUUCUCCACUGCACUUCCUGGGCAAGCUAGGGAAGAGGCCCCUAACCAUCAAAACAGAGAUUGAUGAGGAAGAAGACAGGAGGAAACGAAGGAGAGAGAAAAACAAAGUAGCAGCAGCACGCUGUAGAAACAAAAAAAAGGAGAGGACAGACUAUCUACAAAGGGAAUCGGAGAGACUAGAGGUGAUGAACUUUGAACUCAAAGCUCAGGUUGAGGAGCUGAAGCAUGAGCGGCAGCAGCUGAUCAUCAUGUUGAAUCACCACCGCCCAACGUGCAUAGUCAGGACGGACAGCGUCAAGACCCCUGAGAGUGAAGCCAACCCCCUGCUGGAGCAACUGGAGGGCUAG